GGCACUAAGUCCAUAACACCACCAACCACAUUAUCUUACACACUUAGAAAAGAAACACAAAAAGACUUCAAUCAAUAUGACUUCCAAUUACAUUUACAAAAUUUACUUUAUAGCCACAUUCAUUUACUUUCUAGCCACAAUUUCCAACACUCCAAUUCUCCCACAAGCAAAUGCAGCAACAGGAAUAAGUUGUGGCAAUGCACCAGCUACUAGUUUAGCACCAUGUCUUGGUGCAGCCAAAAAUGGUAGAAACAAAGUCCCACCAAUGUGUUGUGGCAAAGUUGGUUCAUUGUUGAAGACUUCACCAAAGUGUCUAUGUGCUGCAAUAUUGUCACCAAUAGCCAAAAAUGCAGGUGCUAAUCCUGCAAUUGCUGUUACUAUUCCUAAAAGAUGCAACAUCAAGAAUAGACCUAUUGGCAAGAAAUGUGGAAGAUAUAUUGUUCCAUGAGUUUAUAAUUCUCAGCUUGGAUAUCGGAGGAAUAAAGAUGAAUUUCCAGCUGCUUAAUUAUUAAUUAUGUGUACCAAAUAUAAAAGUAUUAUUUCCAGUUUGCUAUAAAAAUAAAUUGAUGCUAAUUUAUAUUAUGUUUAACAAAUGUACUACGCUUCCAUAGUUCCAUUUAUCAUGUUUAGAUGAUUAAAUGGAUAAGUAUAUUUUUAUUUUAA